AUGCCAUUUGCCCCUUUUAUGGGAGUAAACCAUCAUGGUCAAUCAAUUCUUUUAGGGGCGGCAUUAGUUUCAAGUGAGGAUACGACGUCAUUUGUUUGGUUGUUUGAGGCAUGGUUGAAAUGCAUGAAGGGCCGUGCGCCAAUGGCAAUUAUUACAGAUCAAGAUAGGGCCAUGAAAAAUGCUAUUAAUAAGGUGUUUCCGAAUACCUGUCAUAGAUUUUGUUUAUGGCAUAUACUGAAAAAACUUCCUGAAAAGUUUGGAUUACAUUCACAAUACUAUGCCAUUAAGAAUGCCAUACGAAAUUGUGUGUAUAAUUCUCAUACAUGUGACGAGUUUGAUGCAUGUUGGCAGAGUAUGCUUGAGUGUUAUAAUCUGGAGGAGAAUGCAUGGCAGCGUGGUUUAUAUAGUGAGCGAACAUUUUGGGUACCAGCAUAUUUGAAUGAUGUAUUUUGGGCCGGCAUGACUACCACACAACGUAGUGAGAGUAUGAAUGCCUUUUUUGAUGGUUAUGUGCAAUCGUCCACCUCAUUGAAGGAAUUUGUGGAUCAAUACGAUAACGCUUUGCGUAGGAAGGUUGAGGUUGAGAAUGUUGCUGAUUUCGAUUCCUUCAAUACCACCAUUUCAUGUGUGAGCUAUUGGCCCUUUGAGAAGCAAUUCCAAAAAAUUUACACCCAUGCAAAGUUUAGAGAAGUUCAGAAGGAGAUUUCAGAGAUUAUGUAUUGUGGUUCUUCUCUUUUAAAAAGUGAAUGUGGAAUUCGUACCUAUCAGGUGAUCGAACGGGUAGAAAUUAAUGAAUCCUAUAGGAAAAAAAUCGUUUUUAAUGUUUGCUACAAUGGCCUUGUAUGUGAAGUAAAUUGUAGUUGUCGUUUGUUUGAAUCAAGAGGAAUUUUGUGCAAACAUGCCAUAUCCGUGUUGACUUCAUUUGAAGAUGUGGAUUUGUUGCCUGAAAAGUAUUUUCUAAAUCGAUGGAGGAAGGAUUUGAAGCGGCCAUAUAAGUUAAUCAAGAGUAGUUAUGAUCCUUUGAGUGGCAACCCUACUGCAGAUCGAUAUGCUGAACUGAGCAAAAAUGUGCUAAAGUUGGCCGCUAUUGCAGCACCAAAUGUGGAUCAUUGCAUUGAAAUACAAAAGUAUGUUGAUAUGCUAAUUAAGAAAUUUAGCGGUCCAAGCUGUGAACAAAGUCAACUUUCCCAAUCACUCCCAAGUGCAAAAGAUCUCCCAAGUGCACCUAUGAUCGAUAAUGGAGCCAUAGAUUGUAUGGAGGUGGAGGUGUGUAGUCCGCUUGUGGCUCGGACUAAAGGCGCGCGACCAUCAAUCAAAAAAGUGUCUGUGGUUGAAAAAGUGGUGGGGAAAAAGUCAUCAAAAGGAGGAAAUAAGAAACAGAGUAACACAAAUCCCGAGCAGCGAAGGAAAAGAAAGAAGACAUGCCAAAGAUCGCUAGUAGAUGAACUGGACACAAGUGAAGAUUCGUUGCUUUUUUCAAAUGAUGUGCAGCAUGACCAAGUGAUUGAAACACAACAUAGUGUACUUACACAGAUGCUGAUGAAGUGGAUACAGCAACUUCUGUUACUCAGGCGCCAGGCAGAGUUGGAAAGAUUGCGCCAGGCAGCAGAGCCUCUGGGUGUUGAUCGCCGUACUAACAAUGCUGCUCUGGAUUUGUUUCAGAACCCAAUCUGGAGAAAAACAUUCAUGUCACCCACUGUUUUUGUGAUCAUGUCACCCACUGUUUUUGUUAGACUUUUUAUGAAUACCGCAUGCCUUUAG